UCUUUAUCUCUUACAGUGAGUUAUAUUAUUAACAAACAAUUUCUGAAUACCUGUUUCAACCAGGUGCACCCCUUAUACCCGAGUCAUAUGUAUAUUCAUUUCUAUCAUUAGUUGUAAAGAAUUUAUAGGAUAAAUGACACAGUAGAGACUGGUAUUUCUAUUUGUUUUUGUUUCGAUAUUUUAUUGUUGACAGAUGGAAGAUAUCGUAUACAAAUUAAAACAAGCGAUAUAUAUCUAGGCUUACAGUCGAGAUAAGAGCAGCAGAGUCACAAUUUUUAAACGAGUAUGUCUGUUGCAGCAAGUCGGUCUGUGAGUCAGAAUGACAUUGAAGCAGGUUGUGUUAAAGAUGGUAGAGAAUUACGAUUAGUGCUAGUAGGUCGUACUGGAAGCGGAAAGAGUGCCACAGGAAAUACAAUUCUUGGGAAAAACAAUUUUAAAGCAAUGGUCUCUGGAUCAUCAGUGACUGUCAAUUGUAGCCGGGGAGAAUGUUAUCGCGGAAAUAGACUUCUUUUAGUCGCUGACACACCAGGGUUAUUUGAUACAAACCAUUUAAAUUUUGAAGUCACGCGCGAGAUUAGCAAGUGCGUUGGUAUGACCUCACCUGGUCCCCACGCUGUUCUUCUUGUUAUCGCAAUCGGACGAUAUACUAAAGAGGAACAGGAUACAGUCGAACAUUUUAUACAGCAUUUUGGACAUGACGUCAUCAAGUAUAUGAUGAUAGUCUUUACCCGUGAAGAUAAUUUAAAACAAGAACAGGAUACCAUUGAAGAGUUUCUUGAAACUGCUCCAUCUGAACUUAAAGAGAUUGUACGAAAAUGUGAGAACAGGUACAUUUGUGUUGACAAUAUUGCAAGCGAAUCUGAAAAGAAGAGAAAAGUUGAUGAACUUAUAACAAAAAUCGACGACAUGGUGGAUAAAAAUGGCGGUGUUUGUUAUACUAAUGAGAUGUAUGCUGCUGCAGAGGAUGUAUUAGCAAGACGCAUGGAUCAAAUUAGGGCAGAGUUCGAGCAAGACCAAGAACGCGAGAGACGUAAACUUCAUAACCAAAUAUCUUCAGAAUUUGAACAGGACAUUCGUGCUCUGACAAAUGAAAGAUCUAAACUAGAAGAUAGAAUGGCAAGGAUGCAUUGGGAAAAAGAUUACUCCGAGAUGGAAAAACAGACUUUACAGAUGGAAAUGUUACGAAUUCAGCAACAAAAGGAGAUCAGCCAAGGAGAGAUAGACGAGGGAGAGAACCGACAAUUAUCUGAAAGAAUCGCAGCACUGCGCAGGCGUGCAGUUCUCCUUAACCAGCAGCUGCAACAAAAAGAACGUCAACGACUAUUGAUGCUUUCCGAUUUAGAAAAAACAAAUCACGGAAUCAAACAAAAACGGAAGGAAAGAGGAAGAAGAUCCUCCAUGGGAUCUUAUCGAAGAGAAUACAUUGAUGAAAAAACUGUACGACAAAAGGCACGCGAUGACGUCGAAAACAAAUCCUCAAACAUUUUUACAGAACUUUUGGAAUCUCUAAAGAACGUUGGAAAAACAUUUCUUAGUCAAGCCAUCAAGUUUUUCAACAAUUUGUUUUGAAGUCGUAUUUUCUUUAUGGUGUUUGGAUUUUUUCGCCAUAUUUUUGUACAAUUUUAUUCUAUUACGUGUACGUAAACACAAAUUAAUGACUGUGUGUUUCUGCAAAAUGCGUUAUGUAUAUAUGUAAAAGAAAAAAAUUACCAUGAAUAGAUCUUGAAAUAUAUGCAACUCUUCUAACUGUGAAGUGACUUUAUGCGACUAUAUCAUAACAAUUGCAUAGAAGACUCAAGGAUACAACUGCAUGCAUUGCCUAAAACAUGUAUAAAGAAACCCGAUACAACCUAUUUUAGGUAUAUUUACAAAUAUCGGCCAGUAUGCUUACACUGUUGACACACCUGAUCUUUUCUGUUUGGAUUUGAUGUCCUAUCGACUCUUUGCACGUCCUCUUUGUCUGUUUUUGUACAAGUACGUACAUUGUAGAAGUAAUUUGUUAAUAUUACUCCCUUCAAACUAUUUAUUAUUCAUGUUUAAAUUUGUAUUGGCAUAGCCUCUUUUGGAAAAGUAAGAUAUAUUUUGUAAAAAUUAAAGUUCCGUUGGUGUUUAAGAAGCCAGCAUGGUUUGUCUUUUUUUUUUGCCAUUAUGUUUGCUGUCCUUCUUAUUGCGAUUUUAAUUCCCCCUCAAUAUUUUCUUAUUUCAUUGAAAUUCCUACCUAUAUGAUUGCGUGUUAGCCUAUUGUAAUAAUAUCAGGUGAAAUAAAUUUAAGCGUUUGGAAAAUUGUGUUACAAAUUUCAUAUACUAAUUAAUUAGAAAAACACUGAAGGUGUAGAACAGUUAUAACCAUAAAUUUAUAAAGACCAAACAAUACCAUUGCCAAAAAAAAAACCAACAAAAAAACAAAUAGGACAAUAGUAAAAAU